GGCUGCCCAGCAGUGAACGCAGAAUGAACACCUGCUGCCAUAUGCCAGGGUUCCGGGAUGGGGCCCUGGAACCAGAGCCUCCUCCCUGAGGGCCGGGCCUGGGUGCCAGCCCAGGCUGCUCCAAGGAGCCACGGUGCACCAGUGACCCAUGCAGAGCCACCCUGUGUGGGGCCCAGUAGCACCGACAGCUCGGCAGCCCCUUCUGUGCCUACCUGGGCCAAAGUGUGGGUGGGGGGGAGCUGGGGGAGAAGGGCAGAGACCCUGCUUCCUCCCCUCGCCCUCUCCCACCCCAGGCCUCAGGAGGGCUCUGGGCAGCCUGCCGCUAACCGAAUCAUUUCUAUAUUUGGCCAGGGAGCCACGUGAGUGGGGGAGCCACUCCUGUGCACGGCACUCUGACAGCUGAGGUGUGGGAGCAGGGGGCAGAGGCUGUGGGUGGGCAGAGCAUUCCUCAGGAGAACUGAACCACUGCCCUCCAGAGCCAUGGGUGUCGCUGGACCCAGCUGGGACCCUGCCCGGCUCCAGUGUGCAGUCUAAGCACAGGGCCCUCUUCCAGCCCCCUCUCUCCGCCUGCCAUGGCCACACUCGGCUGCCGCUCGCCUGCCUGGGGACACAGGGCGCCCAGCCCCGGCCCUGACCAGUUACGUCAGGUCCUCAGGCUCCAUUGCACAGGGGCGCUCCGGGCACCUGGCCCCUUUCAGGGCAAGAGCAACUGAUGCCACGGGAGGAGCCCUGGGCCACCGUCCACUCGCCUGGCGCUGCCCACUCUGAGACCCGCGCACUGAGUCCCCCGGAGGUGCCAGUCCUGUGACCCCCUCCCGCCCCCCACAAGAGAAGGCCCUGCCCGCCCCACCAUGUGUGAGGUGAUGCCCACGAUCAACGAGGGGGACCCUCUGGGGCCCCCCCACGGCGCCGACCCGGAAGCCAACUUCGAGCAGCUGAUGGUGAGCAUGCUGGACGAGCGGGAGAAGCUGCUGGAAUCCCUCCGCGAGAGCCAGGAGACCCUGGCGGCCACGCAGGGCCGGCUCCAGGACGCCCUUCACGAGCGCGACCAGCUGCAGCGCCACCUGAACUCUGCCCUCCCCCAGGAAUUUGCCACGCUGACCCGGGAGCUCAGCCUGUGUCGGGAGCAGCUCCUGGAGCGAGAGGAGGAGAUUUCAGAGCUGAAGGCGGAGCGCAACAACACCAGGCUGCUCCUGGAGCACCUGGAGUGCCUGGUGUCCCGCCACGAACGCUCGCUGCGCAUGACUGUGGUGAAGCGCCAGGCCCAGGCACCGUCAGGGGUCUCCAGCGAGGUGGAGGUUCUGAAGGCCCUCAAGUCGCUGUUUGAGCACCACAAGGCCCUGGACGAGAAGGUGCGAGAGCGGCUGCGGGUGGCCCUGCAGCGAGUCUCCACCUUGGAGGAACAGCUGGCAGGUGCCCACCAGCAGGUGUCUGCCCUGCAGCAGGUGGCAGGGGUUCGGGAUGGAGUGGCAGAGGAAGAGGGGCCCAUGGAGCUGGGGCUGAAGCGCCUGUGGAAGGAUGACGCGGUUCGGCUGGAGGAGCUGCAGGAGCUGCUGGAGAAGCAGAACCUGGAGCUGGGCCAGGCCCGGGAGCGGCUGGCCGCCCUGACAGCAGCGGUGGCCGAGCUGGAGGAGGACCUGGGCACAGCCCGCCGGGACCUCCUCAAGUCGGAGGAGCGGAGCGGCAAGCAUCAGCGGGACCUGCGGGAGGCUCUGGCCCAGAAGGAGGACAUGGAGGAGCGAAUCGCCACCCUGGAGAAGCGCUACCUGGCUGCUCAGCGUGAGGCCACGUCCAUUCAUGACCUCAACGACAAGCUGGAGAACGAGCUGGCCAACAAGGAGUCCCUGCACCGCCAGUGCGAGGAGAAGGCGCGACACCUGCAGGAGCUGCUGGAGGUGGCCGAGCAGAAGCUGCAGCAGACCCUGCGGCGGGCGGAGACGCUGCCGGAGGUGGAGGCCGAGCUGGCCCAGAGGAUCGUGGCCCUCACCAAGGCCGAGGAACGGCACGGCAACAUCGAGGAGCACCUGCGGCAGCUGGAGGGCCAGCUGGAGGAGAAGAACCAGGAGCUGGCGAGGGUGCGCCAGAGGGAGAAGAUGAACGAGGACCACAACAAGAGGCUGUCAGACACCGUGGACCGGCUGCUGAGCGAGUCCAACGAACGCCUGCAGCUGCACCUCAAGGAGCGCAUGGCGGCCCUGGAGGAGAAGAACUCGCUGAUGCAGGAGCUGGAGAGCUCCCAGCGGCAGAUCGAGGAGCAGCAGAACCACAAGGGCCGCCUGUCCGAGGAGAUUGAGAAGCUGCGCCAGGAGGUGGACCAACUGAAGGGUCGCGGGGGGCCGUUUGUGGAUGGCGUCCACCCCAGGUCACACACAGGCAGCGCCGUGGACCUGCGGUUCUCCCUGAGCACGGCACCCCCGGGCCUGCGGCGCCGCUACUCGCUGCGGGAGGAGCUUGCCAAGGACUGGGAGCCGUGUCCGCUGCCACGUGUGCGGGCCCCCACGGCCACCCCUGCCUUCGACAGUGACCCCGAGGUCUCCGACGUGGAUGAGGAGGGGCCCGGGGGUCCCGCGGGCCCUGCAGACACCGUCUCCCCUGGCAGCCGCUCCGACGCGCAGACCCUGGCCCUGAUGCUGCAGGAGCAGCUGGACGCCAUCGACGAGGAGAUCAGGAUGAUCCAGGAGGAGAAGGAGUCCACACAGCUCCGUGCGGAGGAGCUGGAGACUCGAGUGACCAGCGGCAGCAUGGAAGCCCUGGACCUGCCCCAGCUGCACAGGCGCGGCCCCAUCCCCACCUCCCUGACCGCCCUGUCCCUGGCCAGCGGGUCCCCUGCAGCCAUCGGCCGCGCCACUCCCACGGGAACCUCCCGCAGUGCUGCCCAGGACCUGGACCGAAUGGGGGUCAUGACCUUGCCCAGCGACCUGAGGAAGCACAGGAGGAAGCUGCAGCCACCAGUGUCUCGGGAACAGAACCGAGAGGAUAAAGCCACCAUAAAAUGUGAGACUUCUCCUCCUUCCUCACCCAGGACGCUGCGGCCCGAGAAGCCCGGCCACCCAGCCCUGAGCCAGGAGGGAGGCCAGAGCGCCGCGGAGGACCCGGGAAGCAACCCCAGCAGCAGCAACAGCAGCCAGGACUCCCUGCACAAGGGCGCCAAGCGCAAAGGCAUCAAGUCGUCCAUCGGCCGCCUGUUCGGGAAGAAGGAGAAGGGCCGGCUGACCCAGCUGAGCCGGGACGGAGCCGCGGGCCACGGCCCACCUACAGACUCGGAGCUCGGGCUGCAGGAGCCCCUUGUGCCUGCCAGGCUGGGGACCCAGGCAGAGAAGGACCGGCGGCUGAAGAAGAAACACCAGCUGCUUGAAGACGCCCGGAGGAAAGGGACACCCUUCGCCCAGUGGGACGGCCCCACGGUGGUCUCCUGGCUGGAGCUCUGGGUGGGCAUGCCGGCCUGGUACGUGGCGGCCUGCCGGGCCAACGUCAAGAGCGGUGCCAUCAUGUCGGCGCUGUCAGACACGGAGAUCCAGCGGGAGAUCGGCAUCAGCAACGCCCUGCACCGGCUCAAGCUGCGGCUGGCCAUCCAGGAGAUGGUGUCGCUGACCAGCCCCUCCGCCCCGCCCACCUCCCGGACCUCCUCUGGGAACGUCUGGGUCACCCACGAAGAGAUGGAAACUCUGGCAACGUCCACCAACACAGACAGUGAGGAGGGCAGCUGGGCUCAGACGCUGGCCUACGGGGACAUGAACCACGAGUGGAUCGGCAACGAGUGGCUGCCCAGCCUGGGCCUCCCGCAGUACCGCAGCUACUUCAUGGAGUGCCUGGUGGACGCGCGCAUGCUGGACCACCUGACCAAGAAGGACCUGCGGGUGCACCUCAAGAUGGUGGACAGCUUCCACCGGACCAGCCUCCAGUACGGCAUCAUGUGUCUGAAGAGGCUCAAUUACGACCGGAAGGAACUGGAGAGGCGGCGGGAGGAGAGCCAGCACGAGAUCAAGGACGUGCUGGUCUGGACCAAUGAGCAGGUGGUGCGCUGGGUCCAGUCCGUCGGGCUGCGGGACUACGCGGGCAACCUUCAGGAGAGCGGCGUGCACGGCGCCCUGCUGGCCCUGGACGAGAACUUCGACCACAGCGCGCUGGCUCUGGCACUGCAGAUCCCCACGCAAAACACCCAGGCCCGCCAGGUGAUGGAGAGAGAGUUCAGCAACCUGCUGGCCUUGGGCACAGACCGGAGGCUGGAGGACGGGGAGGACAAGGUGUUCCGUCGCGCACCCUCCUGGAGAAAGCGCUUCCGGCCACGGGACCUGCCCAGCGGGGUGCUCGGGGUACCCACCCUGGGGGCCCUGCAGCCUCCACCAGCCCCGCCCAAGAAGGUCGCCCCUGAAGCUCACUCCCACUAUCUCUAUGGACACAUGCUCUCCGCCUUCCGGGACUAGCCGUGGCCCGAGGGCUCCGCAGGCUCCGCGGCGCCGACCCUCCUGCCCGACCCCUCCUCCCACGGCUCCCGGGCUCCGCAGUGACUCUGGUUGCCCUGGAUCUCCGAGCUGACUCCUCCGUGCCCUUGGCAGCCCCCAGCCUGGUGCCACCCUGUGUCCUGUGUCAGCCUCCCAUGGGUGUGGCAGACUUCACAGGAGGCAGAGGACGCCACCUCCUCCUCCUGGUCCUGCCCUGGCCUGGACUUGGACCUCCACGGGCGCUGUGCCGAGGGCUGGGGCAGCCUCGACAAGAAAAGGCACCUCGCACUCAACCAAGCUUGGGCUCUUCGACCUUCUGGUCCCUGUCCCCGACCUGGCCCUGCCAACGGCCUGACACCUGUGGCUCCUGCCUCCAGGGCUCGGGGGCUGCAGGAGGCCUGUCCUCCCGGGAUGGGGAGGCCGGGGGGCAGUCCCCAGGCCUGGCUGCAGCCAAAUCCCAAAUGUGAGUUUGAGAAGACUCGGAGAAGUGACCCCUGACCUUUGGGCCAAGGGUCGAGGUGGGGAAAAAGCCGUCCACCCCCGACUCUGGGUGCGGGCCGGCCGGUGGGAAGGGAGCCCAGGGUCUGCGGGGGUCUCGCCCCGAAGGAUGAGGGGGCGGGGUCUGUGCGCCUGGGCUCGGGGCAGAGCAAGCCCUCACCCCCAGGCACUGCCGGCCCUGCUCUGCACCCCUGCCCCAGCUGUCCCCUCGGCCCACUCCGCAGUAGCCCCAGCCCCAUAACAGUGGGCCCCCCGGGGCACUGAAUGCACUCUGACCUUGACUGCAGGUUUGGGAAAAGGGAGGCGGGACGACAUAAAGCUUCCGUCAGUGAGUCGGGCCCAGGUCCAGGCCCCGGGGCCCUUGCCUCCCAGCUCAGGGCUUCCUGGGCGGGCGGGCGGGCAGGGCCUGCCUCCUCCAGAAAUGCCCGGACCCGCCAGCCCGUCCCCGUCGCCUCUGUCCGUGUAUUUGCAGAGUCACCAGUGACCUGAGCCUGUGCCCGGCCCCCGAGUCUCAGGCCCCCCCUUGGCGUGCCCCGGCUCAGUGUGUCCGAGUGGGGGCUGGGUGUGCCCGUGUGCGUGGGUGGGCGUGUGUGCCUGCCAGUAAACAACCUGGUUUUACGACAGCUUA